UUUUUUUUCUUUUGGUCGCAAGUGCGGCAUCUCUCCCAGUCCCACGCCUCUCUUUCCUCAAUCCCUAUCCCCUAUCCCCUAUCCCCACCCCCAGCUCCAAGAUCAUCCGGCUUAACCCAUUCUGCACCAAAGGCCCACGGAGUUCUAAGGUGCGGAUAAUUAACCCGUCUCCUUCUAACCCGGCUAAAUAGUCUCACUUUAGACUAAAGCCUCACAGUUUCGCCUUAAAGCCCCCGGCCCCUUACGAGCAGACAGGUAGGGGGAGUGCGAAUACUACUGGAUCCUAGGAAAUUGGUUCCCAAGAAGGCUCCUUCCAGGAUCGACCGCUACGGAGAAGUAUUCCAGGAGCCCUCUGUUCUGCGGGGUGACAAUUAGCCAAAGAUUAUUUCUCUUCAUUCAGAAGCAUACAGUUGUUUGCUGAUUGCGAGAAGAUGUUUCUUUGGCUGUUUCUGAUUUUGUCAGCCCUGAUUUCUUCGACAAAUGCAGAUUCUGAUAUAUCAGUGGAAAUUUGCAAUGUGUGUUCCUGCGUGUCAGUUGAGAAUGUGCUCUAUGUCAACUGUGAGAAGGUUUCAGUCUACAGACCAAAUCAGCUGAAACCACCUUGGUCUAAUUUUUAUCACCUCAAUUUCCAAAAUAAUUUUUUAAAUAUUCUGUAUCCAAAUACAUUCUUGAAUUUUUCACAUGCAGUCUCCCUGCAUCUGGGAAAUAAUAAACUGCAGAACAUUGAGGGAGGAGCCUUUCUUGGGCUCAGUGCAUUAAAGCAGUUGCACUUGAACAACAAUGAAUUAAAGAUUCUCCGAGCUGACACUUUCCUUGGCAUAGAGAACUUGGAGUAUCUCCAGGCUGACUACAAUUUAAUCAAGUAUAUUGAACGAGGAGCCUUCAAUAAGCUCCACAAACUGAAAGUUCUCAUUCUUAAUGACAAUCUGAUUUCAUUCCUUCCUGAUAAUAUUUUCCGAUUCGCAUCUUUGACCCAUCUGGAUAUACGAGGGAACAGAAUCCAGAAGCUCCCUUAUAUAGGGGUUCUGGAACACAUUGGCCGUGUCGUUGAAUUGCAACUGGAAGAUAACCCUUGGAACUGUAGCUGUGAUUUAUUGCCCUUAAAAGCUUGGCUGGAGAACAUGCCAUAUAACAUUUACAUAGGAGAAGCUAUCUGUGAAACUCCCAGUGACUUAUAUGGAAGGCUUUUAAAAGAAACCAACAAACAAGAACUAUGUCCCAUGGGCACCGGCAGUGAUUUUGAUGUGCGCAUCCUGCCUCCAUCUCAGCUGGAAAAUGGCUACACCACUCCCAAUGGUCACACUACCCAAACAUCUUUACACAGAUUGGUAACUAAACCACCAAAAACAACAAAUCCUUCCAAGAUCUCUGGAAUCGUUGCAGGCAAAGCCCUCUCCAACCGCAAUCUCAGUCAGAUUGUGUCUUACCAAACAAGGGUGCCUCCUCUAACACCUUGCCCGGCACCUUGCUUCUGCAAAACACACCCUUCAGAUUUGGGACUAAGUGUGAACUGCCAAGAGAAAAAUAUACAGUCUAUGUCUGAAUUGAUACCGAAACCUUUAAAUGCGAAGAAGCUGCACGUCAAUGGCAAUAGCAUCAAGGAUGUGGACGUAUCAGACUUCACUGACUUUGAAGGACUGGAUUUGCUUCACUUAGGCAGCAAUCAAAUUACAAUGAUUAAGGGAGACGUAUUUCACAAUCUCACUAAUUUACGCAGGCUAUAUCUCAAUGGCAAUCAAAUUGAAAGACUCUAUCCUGAAAUAUUUUCAGGUCUUCAUAACCUGCAGUAUCUGUAUUUGGAAUACAAUUUGAUUAAGGAAAUCUUAGCAGGCACCUUUGACUCCAUGCCAAAUUUGCAGUUACUGUACUUAAACAAUAAUCUCCUAAAGAGCCUGCCUGUUUACAUUUUUUCCGGAGCACCCUUAGCUAGACUGAACCUGAGGAACAACAAAUUCAUGUACCUGCCUGUCAGUGGGGUCCUUGAUCAGUUGCAAUCUCUUACACAGAUUGACUUGGAGGGCAACCCAUGGGACUGUACUUGUGACUUGGUGGCAUUAAAGCUGUGGGUGGAGAAGUUGAGUGACGGGAUUGUUGUGAAAGAACUGAAAUGUGAGACGCCUGUUCAGUUUGCCAACAUUGAACUGAAGUCCCUCAAAAAUGAAAUCUUAUGUCCCAAACUUUUAAAUAAGCCGUCUGCACCAUUCACAAGCCCUGCACCUGCCAUUACAUUCACCACUCCUUUGGGUCCCAUUCGAAGUCCUCCUGGUGGGCCAGUGCCUCUGUCUAUUUUAAUCUUAAGUAUCUUAGUGGUCCUCAUUUUAACUGUGUUUGUUGCUUUUUGCCUUCUUGUUUUUGUCCUGCGACGCAACAAGAAACCCACGGUGAAGCACGAAGGCCUGGGGAAUCCUGACUGUGGCUCCAUGCAGCUGCAGCUAAGGAAGCAUGACCACAAAACCAAUAAAAAAGAUGGACUGAGCACAGAAGCUUUCAUUCCACAAACUAUAGAACAGAUGAGCAAGAGCCACACUUGUGGCUUGAAAGAGUCAGAAACUGGGUUCAUGUUUUCAGAUCCUCCAGGACAGAAAGUUGUUAUGAGAAAUGUGGCCGACAAGGAGAAAGAUUUAUUACAUGCAGAUACCAGGAAGAGACUGAGCACAAUUGAUGAGCUGGAUGAAUUAUUCCCUAGCAGGGAUUCCAAUGUGUUUAUUCAGAAUUUUCUUGAAAGCAAAAAGGAGUAUAACAGCAUAGGUGUCAGUGGCUUUGAGAUCCGCUAUCCAGAAAAACAACCAGACAAAAAAAAUAAGAAGUCACUGAUAGGUGGUAACCACAGUAAAAUUGUUGUGGAGCAAAGGAAGAGCGAGUAUUUUGAACUGAAGGCGAAACUGCAGAGUUCCCCUGACUACCUACAGGUCCUUGAGGAGCAAACAGCUUUGAACAAGAUCUAGGUCAUGUAAUCUUACUUCAUACAGAGGACAUUUAUUUAAUGAUGAAAGUGCCUUUUGUUGACUUCUAACUUCCAAAUACUAUAUUAUCAAUAGGCAUGGAGGCAGGUGUUUCCAAGGGUGUCUCAUUAACUGUAGCUGCAAAGAUGUGUCAAGUAGAAGAGAAUUUGUUUAAUAGAUUUUACUACACAAAACCUAUACUGUGGAGUCCUGUGGGGAUCAAACUCUAUUGCCAAAGGGAUGCUUUAUACACAUAAUACUGAAUUUAACCUCGAGAGGCAAAUCUGUUUUGUACCCCAAUGCAAAACCUUCGUCUCUUUGUGCUUUGCAAAGCAAACUCAAGAAAACUGGUACAGGUGUUUGUACCUCAGCUGGGUCCUUUAUCUUGCAUGUAGAUUAAGUUGGUGGAACUGGAAUAAUCCUUUUGAUUUGCGGCAUUGUAACAACUCUGUGUAAAGAUUAUCUGAAAAGUAAAAAAAAAAAAAAAAAAAAAAAAAAAA